CAACAACUAGCAAGAUGUAGAUAUGACAUUCACUGCCUGUUUGGUUACUAUUUCACCUGUUAGUUGGAGUUGAUGCGGAGUUGUUUGGCUCCUCCUCUCUCGAUAUGCUCCUGCACCGUCGGGAAAUGACGACUGAAAUGGGGAGAGGCCAAGGUCGGUCCGGCCUCCUCAUUCUUCAUAUUUACACCUCUCUCUCACAUUUCACAAAUUCAUUUUCUUCCUUGUACGCACAAUCAAAGCAGCCAGUCGCUGUGUGAAAAGUAUCCGCCGUCUGCAGAGGGGCUUUUAGGUGAAUACAAUGGGGAAAAUAGAGUGGGCUAUGUGGGCCAAUGAGCAGGCUCUGGCUUCGGGACUCAUUCUCCUCACUGGAGGCAUUGUGGGGGUGGCUGGACAGUUCAGAGGAUGGCAGUUUGCUGCUUAUGCAGUUGCUGCCGGGGUGUUUGUGUGUUUACUUGAAUACCCUAGAAGCAAGAGGGCCAAAGGUACAAGUGUGGAGAGAACGGGCCAGUACUGCUUCACUGUGUGUGUGAAAUCCUUUGGACCAUUGACAAGGAACUACUAUGUCAGAGCAUUUUUACAUGCCGCACUCUGUGUUCCUGGAGGAUUUAUGCUUGCUACUGUCCUUGGGUGUGUCUGCCUCGGUAUCGCCAGCCUCAUCUACCUUGCAGCAGCCAUUCGAGGUGAACAUUGGGAGCCAAUUCUUCCACGAAAGGAGAUCAGGAAGCCGCAAGUUGGGGAGAGCAUCAAGAAUCCUCCUCAGAAUCCUCCACCAAGACCUCCUCCAGAGACGCGCAGGAAACGAGUGGAUGACCUGGAGGGAGCAGCCUACGACAAUCCCAUGACUGUUACUGAUGAGUCGUAACCUGUCCAGUGCCCCAUCUUCAUUUCCUCUACCAGAACCCAUCAGAACCAGUCAUAAUGAGAAGUCACCAGAUUCUGUGAUUCUGGUCAAAUGAAGUUUAGUCAAGCUAGUGACUGUUGGGUCCGCACCUUCAUACCUCAACCUGCAAAGGAGUGUACUGAUAACAGAGGAAAAAAUGUUUCUUAGGAGGAUGGAUAAAGUGAAUGUCAUAUUUUAUUUGUGAAAAAAAAGAAGCCGAAGGAAAUAAAUGUAAAUGUUGAGGCUGCUAAAUGGCAGCCACAUACAAAUAUUGUUCAGUUAAAAGACUGUAGGUGAUGUUGGUGUGUUUACCAAUACCUGUUUUCUGCUCCAACCGCAAUAUAUAUUAUGAGCUGUACUGUCAUACAUAGAUCAAACAAAAUAUUGAAUUCUGUAUGUAUUUACACUGUCUUAUUAUACCCUGUGUAUUCACAUUAUGAAGGUAUUUUUCUCUGAGUCAAUUAAUGACAUUACUGUUGGUCUAGACAGUACUGUUUAUAAGGAUUAAAUUGACAUGUUGUCUUUUGGCUGUAUCAUGCUAAUGUUAGCCAUUUAUUAAAGUUUUAGGGGGUUUUUCUGUAAUGUUUAUGUCUUGUAAAUAAAUCCUUUUCCUACUCUGAA